ACUCGCGCGAAGAGAAGGGUAAAUCGUGUAAUCAAUGUUUCUUCCUCGGCGCAAAUCGCGCGUGAUGCCGAGGAUGCCGAGGAUGCUGACGAUGCUGACGAUGCUGACGAUGCUGACGAUGCUGACGAUGCUGACGAUGCCAUUUCCGUCAACGCUGAGCAGCCUGCCAAUGAUGACGCCGCAGAUAUUGCUGUCAUCUCGCAAAAUCAACGAGAUCAGGAGGAAGGUGUCGAGGACACGCAGCGGGAGACCGACCAGUUAUCUUCCGACGACGAUGCUAGUGAUGCGUAUGAACCGUCUGAUGCAAGUGGCGCUUCGAGGCCUCUCCGUUCUAAUCGACAACCGCGUUUAUUCUUCUCCAGCCCGAGCAGCUCGGACGAGCAAGAGCGUCCUUCGGACGGAGAGCAGUCGUCUGAUCACGAAUGUAUCAGCGACAUUGAAUUGGACUCGACGAUCUCGUUGGAACAAUCCUUGGAGGCGGAGCCAGAUGAGGAGGAUGUCAUCCAAGAGUCGGAUAACAACCAGUCUGACUGGGCCGGUAUUCAAUUGUCCGUGGAGGCGAACUCCCAGGAAAACCAGAUUUCUAGGGAGGCGUCGUUACACUCUGGCGACAUUUUCGGCAGCGGUUCUGCACGUCACGAUGACAAUGCAGGCCUACUCGAUGCAGGAGAAGAAGACCAUGCGAUAUUCGUUCGCGACAGACAACUUCUUCCCUCCCGUCCCCCGACACCACUGACGCCGAUAUUGGAGCCGGCGAAUUUGCGCAAAUAUCUACAGUCACGCAAUCGCGACAAGUUGCAGGCGCUGCUCCACAAUAUCCAAGAUCGGCUCGACUCGAUGGACAACGUUCGCUCAUUGGAUUUCGUCACGGAUGUCCGAGGUGUUCAGCUGUCGGAGCACGCGCAGGAAGUGCAGUGGUUGACGGGGCACCGCACACUACUUCCUACACUAUUUUCUCGACCUGGUGACCCCCAGUCCGCCGUCGUCAACGAAGACGACAUCCAACUUGUGAAGUUCCUCGCUUCGCGACCGGCUGCGCACAAGCAUUCGCCCAAUUUUUCUUUCAUCAAUUCAACCAGCCAAGAUGUUGCUGGCCAAAUCUGUACUGGUCUACAUGAAGGGAAGGCAUGCCUCAUUCACAACAUGAUCUGGCUGCCCAAGGACUUUGAGUUCACGACAGAACGUUUGUGGAAUGAAUAUGCGUUGCCGGCGGACAUGCCGGUAGACAUUCACGAUGUUCGCAAACGCUGUGCCAGCUGGGCUGAACCAUAUGAAUACGGAUUACUGCGUAAAAUUGUCGACAGUGCUGACGAUACACAAGACAUCAAGUUUGUGCUGGCGUGCAACUUGAGCACACGCUCGUUGCCACAAGGACUCGAGAACCUUGAUGAUGGCUUGGCGCAGGGUUGGGGCAUGACGGCAGCUGCAUACCCCACCGCGGGACAGUGGGUCCAUCCAGACAAUUGGUUGAACUGCGGUUGGGUGCUGCUUCAUCAGGCUGGGGUGGUCACCUACGCCCACCAAGAUUCGGAUGGAAACUGCACCUGGAUCAUUCCGCAUAGCGGCGUCAAGUUCUGGUGCUAUUUCAAUCUCAACGAUGAGCACCGCAACCUCGAUCGCGCAACGCAGAAGAUGUUGAUGUCGCAUCUUUGUUGUCUCAUGAAUUUUGAUCCAGAGCCGACAGAAUCGCAGCUGCCAGACACUGACCUGGCCAAGUCCCAUCCUGAUCUCGCGAAAAAGACGAUUGCUGAAAUCUUCGAUGUCGAGGUCGUUGUGCUAUACCCGGGUGAUGCACUGUAU